AUGAGUGUCUCCAUGAUUGAGAUCCAGCGAGACCUCAUUCUCAACACCUUGCGCAAAACCACCCGUGGCGACUGGAAGAUCCUCAUUGUAGACGAAGACAGCCAGAAAAUUGUAAACAAUGUGGUCAAGGAAGAUGACAUCCUCAAUUCCAACAUCACAAACAUCGAGCGACUCGAGAAUCGGCGCACCACCCAACGAGACAUGGAUGCCAUAUACAUCCUGACGCCCAAACCCCACAUUGUCGACUGCAUCAUGGCCGAGUUUGAGCAGCGGCGCUACAGAGGCUUCUUCCUCAUAUGGACAACACUCCUCCCACCCCCACUCAAGGAGCGUAUAGACCGCUCUCAAAUGGCACGAGAGCAGAUACGCAGUUUCACAACCGUCCAUCUCGACUACCACCCCCAAGAAUCACACCUCAUCACGUUCAAGGACCCUUGGAGCUUCCCAAUGCUUUACCACCCAGAUUGUAACAAUCUAGUAGUGAGGCACAUGCAGGAAAUCGCUGAAAAGAUCACUGGCAUCUGUGUUGGACUCGGCGAGUACCCCAUCAUUCGAUACUACAGACCACGGAACCCAACACAUGAAGCUAGCGUGCUCUGCUCACAUCUUGCGCGCUUCGUGCAAGACAAGCUGGACAUGUAUGCGCAAUUCAACCAAGACUUUCCACCCCCGUCAAAUAGACCUCGUGGCGCACUGUACAUCACCGACCGGUCCAUGGAUCUAAUGGCGCCCUUCUUGCACGAAUUUACCUACCAAGCCAUGGCUUUCGACCUGCUACCGAUUGUAGACGGAGACAAGAUCAUAUACAGGACAGUCGUCAAUGAGGAAGAUCCCGGCGCAGAAGAAAAAGACAUGGAGAUAUCGGACAAGGACAAGAUCUGGGUGGAGAACCGGCAUCGUCACAUGAAGGACUGUCUCGACAAGUUGAUUAGCGACUUUCAAAAAUUCAUCGCUGAUAACCCACACUUUACGAAUCAAGAUGCCCAGAAUGCUGCUGGCAUGAAUGGUCUCAACGCCAUCAAAGACAUGAUUGCAGGACUGCCACAGUUUCAGGAAAUGAAGGAAGCGUACUCAUUGCAUCUCACAAUGGCACAAAAAUGCAUGGAAAUUUUCCAGCAACAUAAACUACCAGAUCUGGCAUCUGUAGAACAAUGCUUAGCCACCGGCUUGGACGAAGAUUACCGAAAGCCCAAGAACAUGGCCGACCAAGUCGUCCGAACGCUCGACGAAGACGAAGUAACCCCUUCCGAUCGCCUACGCCUCAUCGCCCUAUACAUACUCUUCAAAGACGGCAUUCUUCCCGCCGAUCUUCAAAAGCUGAUCUUCCAUGCCCAACUAGCGCCUUCGGACGGCGACGUAAUCCGCAACCUCGACCUCCUCGGCGCUCGCGUAUCCCGCAAACUCAAGGAAAAGCGAGAUCCAUUGCCACCCCUCUUCCCUCCCAAGCCUGCCCCUCCCCCAAACACCGAAGACUACGGGCUAUCGAGAUUCAAUCCAGCCCUCCAAGACAUGCUGGAAGGCCACGUCCGCGGCACCCUCCCCCAAGACGCCUUCCCAUUUACCAAACUGUCCCCCGACGACGUACAAUCCAUGCAAAACGACCAGCCCUCGGCCGCAUCCCUCCGCUCCGCAAAACCGACGUGGGCAAAAUCCCGUGUCGCAAGCGCAGAACCGCGUCAACGCGUCAUUGUCUUUGUAGCCGGCGGCGCCACGUACUCGGAAGCGCGGGCCUGCUACGACGUCUCCCACAAGUCCUCGCGCGACAUCUUCCUCGUCACCUCGCACAUGAUGAAACCCACCUUCUUCCUCCGCCAGGUCGGCGACCUCAGCCAACCACGUAAUAAACUCCGCUUACCGGUUGAUGCGCCGCCUCCAAAGGCGCCCGCCCAUCUCUUUGAGAAGCCAGAGCCCCCGAAACCGGCACCGCCUCCUGCGGCUGCCAAACCCCUCCCUGGUCCCGGCGGUUUACCCACUGGCCCUAGAGCCGGCGGUCCAGGUGCGGCGGGGGCAGCGAGACCGCCCACGGCGGCCAUGGGCGCCAUGAAUUUAAAUGCUCCGCCAUCAUCGGCGGCAGGAGGCGCAAAGUAUGGUCCUGCGGGGUCGCAGGGAAGUAAGCAUGGCAAGGAGGAAAAGGAAAAGAAGAAGAAGAAGUUGCAUUUGUUCUCCUCCAAGCACUAG